GCGAGUUUCUACGACUGUUUAAAAGUUAAUAUUAAAAGUUAUUCGGAAUAGUUCACGUGUCUUAUCGUGAGUUGCGCGUCUCUUGUAGAAUAUUACAUUCGAUAUAUAAUUAAAGCUGAAUUUCAUAAGACAGCCUUAAACGAAAUUUUAAAAUAUGGAUCAGUUGUAUACAGAUUUGCUUAAUGUGGGCUACGAUGGUCAGUCUUUAGAUAAGGAUGCAUUCAAUAAAGUUUUCAAUAAAGGCCCACCAAAUAUGUAUUUUAUUGAUAUAAUUAGCUGGUUGUGUUCCCAGCUUAAUUCUCUAUGCGAUUUGGAAAGUCAUGUUAGUUCUGUUGAUGAAGAAGAUUUGGAAGCAAUUGGAUUCUUAGUAGAAAUUAGUUCUUUGUUAAAAGAAUUAGGUUGUCCAAUAAAGAAACUAACAAGUGGACCUGUUGAAGAGAGAUUAUUUGAACCAAAGGAUAAGGUGCUUGCUAUUAUGUAUCUUUGUCAAGAACUUGAAGCUGGAAAGAUUUUGCGUUCUAAAAAACCCCAAAAGAAAGAAACUAUGCAAAUUGAAUUGAGUGAAUCCAAAACUGCCAAAGAGUUAAGAGAAAUGUUGAUAUCUCUCGGAUUUGGAAAACCUCCUGAUAAUAUUACACCCCAGAAGCUUUUCACUGAAGUUGAGAAAAAACUUAAAAUGCUUAGUCAACCCCUUUCACCUAAAGAUGUUGUUGGAGAACUUUUGUUUUCUGGAUAUUUAACAGAGAAGCAAUGGUUUCAACUUGAGAAACUAUAUCAGGAAGUUUAUACAGAAUAUAAAAAUCGAAGAAAUCUGCUCCUCACUCGUUUAGAUGUAACAGUUAGAUCAUUUUUCUGGUCUGACAGAUUAAAGAGUAAAGCUGGAGAAAUAAUGAAUAAAUAUAACAAAGAAAGGAGUGGGAUAAGCGAUGAGCCUGCAGUGAAAAUCUCUGAUGUUCUUGCUGCUACUGCUGAUUUGGCUAUUGUGGAAAAAACUAGCAGUGCAUCUGUGAGAAAAAAUACCAAGUCUUCUGUGAAUAAAGUUAUUAUUCCUGCAGUUCCUGACAGAGGAGGUCGUCCAGAAGAGCAACAACCUCCACCGCCUGAAGUACCAAGUUGGCAGAAAAAUGAUAGUUCAUCAAGAGGUGGUAGGGGUGGCCAGCAGAGUUCUAACACUUAUAAAAACAUGGGUGACAGGGACAGGGAUCGUUUUCAGAAUGAUAAUCGUUCGUCUAAUGACAAUUACCAGAGAGGUGGAAAUUAUAAUAAUAUCAAUAAUAAUAGUAAUAGUAAUAGAGGUAAUUAUUCAAGAGUCAGUGAUUAUAGCUCUCCUGCUUAUCAACCAAUGUAUCAACAACCGAUUCAGUAUUGUGGCCAGAUGGGAAACCCACAAUUUGGAUUUGGUGGAUAUAUGCCUGCAGGUGAUAAUUUUCAACAAUAUGGAAUGAGUGAUGGAAUGAAUCCGUAUCAACCAAGGCCCAGCAAUCAGUCUGGUCAUAGACAAAGAGGUGGUUAUAGUGGUGAAAGGGGUGGUAGAUCGUACCGUGGUCAAGGACGCGGUCGUGGUGGCAGAUACUAAAAAUUAGCUAAUUAAUUACUGUAAUUUUUUUAAAUAUAUGUUGAUUAAUUUAGAAUUUUGCAUAUAAAUAAUAUAUACUAAGUUUUGAAAGCUAGGCAUAAUUAUGUUUCAUAACCCCUAUAUAUUUCUAUAAAUGCUAUGGAAUAUUACGUAUUUUUCAUUUUUCCUGUUUUCAGUUUUUUGGAUGCUUUGAGUUGUUUCUAUCUAUCAAUUAUUUUAAUCUGGCAUUUACUAGCGCCAUGAAUUUUAUUUAAAUGUCUUCAUUUUAUUGUAUGUUACAUUUUGUUGAUCAUAGUAUUUCUUCCUCUGUUUAUGAAACAGUAAUUAGUUUUUAUUGUUAAUUAAUUGGUUGAUAUUUUCUAAAUAUUAACGAGUAUAAGUAAAUGUAAAUUAUUUAUAAAUGUUAAGUAAAUCAACUCUUAAAUUAAUGUUUUUAAACUGUAAAAUUUUGCAGGUUGUCUUUGCUUUUUAAAAAAAUUACUAGGAUUUAUGGAAUUCUCAGAAAAAAGUUACAAAUUUCAUUGAUUUUACUCCAUAUUUGUCAAUAUCACUAUAUGAAUCCAAAAAGGCUAAAGAUCAUCCAAUAGUUGUUGAAAAUAUUUUUCUUGGCCAUCCUUAAUAGUCACAGCUUAUGUUUUUAAGUUGUUCUUGAAAUAUUUGAAAUAAAAUCUGGAUAGUGAUUACAUAUUUAUAAUGCAUUCAUUCUAAAAAGAUAAUUUCAGUAUAAAUUUUAUAAGCAUCUUGAAUACAUUCUGAAAUUCUUAAAUGAAAAAUUAUCUGUAUCUUUUAUAUACGAUUCUUUUGAAAUCAUUAUUAGGAAAGGCAUUUAUUUUAUAUUACUAUUUAUUUGUUUGAAUUACCUAGACAUUUUCAUUGUUUUAUUACUUGUUUUGGCUAUAGUAAUCUAUUUAUUUUGUAUUUAUUUGCAUUUGUAUGAUACAUAUCAAAUAUUAGUUCUUUAAUUUUCCUGCUUUAUGAAUUUUUUUGUACAUAUGGAGAAGAAUAGACAAAUUACAUAAUCGUUUUUAAGACUUCAUUAUCUUGUUGUAUUAGCUUAUCAAAUUUUAUUUAUUUGUUGUUAGAAACUAAAAAUUUAUAAUGGACUCGCAUAGUUGAAAUUAAGCUGAAUUAUUUAUCUUGGUAUAAUAUGUAGCAUUUGACCUCUAUUUCUUACGAUCACCUUUAUUUAUGCAUGAUAUGCAGUUUUUUUUUAAUUCUUAAAAUUAUAGGCAUUAUUAAUAUUACAAAACUAUACGAGGCUCAAAAAAUAAGGUAACGAAUCUUCUUAGAGAAAAAGUUUAUUCAUAAAAUUAUAGAGAUAGGCAAAGGUGAAGAAGCAUUGAUACAUAUUACUUUUUCACAUAGUCAUUAUGGUCGUUGAUUUACCAAUGGCGCACAUGUUUCAAUCUAUCUAAACUGGUGUAGAAGAAAUCCUAUAAUUUUCGCUUUCUUUUUUUUGGAAGCCUGCUUAUUUAAAAAGAUAUGUCGUAACUUAUUUAAAUAAAAUUCAGAUAACUAUUAAAAAUGUCAUUCUAUUUAGAUAGAAAGGUAUUUUUUGGAAUUAUAAUUUAAUUGUAUUUGCUUGUGAUAUAUUUUUUACAGUAUUUCUCACAUCUAAGUAGACCAGCUAUAAUAAAUUGUGUGUGCUUCUAUAAAAUAAUAAUUAUUCAGCUAAACUUUUGAUUGUUUUUGUUAUUUUUGUUUAUAGUUGUAUGUAUCAGUAAACAUAAAAAAGGGACAUAAGAAUUU